ACCUAUCGGAGCAUAGGGGUGAUCGGGUAAUCAGGAGUUAUUCUGUUACCCCAGCUGGAAAUUUGGAAAGUUUGGGCUCCACUUCGGAGCGGCCUCUGGUCUGAGCUGACGCGAUGAGCCCGCUGAUGUAUUUAGGAGGCCUGCUGGUUUUCCUCCUGCUGUGGAUCAGAGUCAAAGGUCUGGAUUACGUGAUCGUUCACCAGCGCUGGAUUUUCGUGUGCUUGUUCUUGCUGCCGCUCUCUGUUAUAUUCGAUGUGUAUUAUUAUGUGAGAGCGUGGCUCAUUUUUAAGAUGUGCUCGGCCCCCAAGCUGCACGACCAGCGCGUGCGGGACAUCCAGCGACAGGUACGUGAGUGGAGGAAGAAUGGCAGCGGGACCUACAUGUGCACUGGUCGACCCGGCUGGCUCACUGUGUCCCUCAGAGUGGGGAAAUACAAGAAAACCCACAAGAACAUCAUGAUCAACAUGAUGGACAUACUGGAGGUGGACACAAGGAGGCAGGUGGUGAGAGUGGAGCCACUUGCCAACAUGGGUCAAGUGACCGCUCUCCUUAACUCCAUUGGCUGGACGCUGCCGGUGCUGCCGGAGCUGGAUGAUCUCACAGUGGGUGGGCUGGUGAUGGGCACAGGCAUCGAGUCGUCCUCCCACAUUUAUGGUCUAUUCCAGCACAUAUGCGUUGCAUUUGAACUGGUCCUUGCUGACGGCAGCUUAGUGCGCUGCACAGAGGAGGAGAACUCUGAUCUGUUCCACGCCGUCCCCUGGUCCUGUGGCACUCUGGGAUUCCUUGUUGCAGCGGAGAUUAAAAUAGUCCCAGCUAAAGCGUGGGUGAAGCUGCGCUAUGAGCCUGUCAGAGGCCUGGAGAACAUCUGUAAACACUUCGCGGAGGCAUCAGAGAACAAGCAGAACACUUUUGUCGAGGGUAUCCAGUACAGCCUGGACUCCGCCGUCAUCAUGACAGGAACCAUGACUGACCAUGCAGAGCCAGACAAGAUUAACAGAAUCGGCCUGCACUUCAAACCCUGGUUCUUUAAACACGUGGAGAGCUACCUGAACGCAGGCAGCGGCGGAGUGGAGUUCAUCCCUCUGAGGCAGUACUAUCACCGACACACACGCAGUAUCUUCUGGGAGAUUCAGGACAUCAUCCCGUUUGGCAACAAUCCUGUGUUCCGCUGGCUUUUUGGAUGGAUGGUUCCUCCUAAGAUCUCCCUGCUGAAACUCACCCAGGGAGAAACCAUUAGGCGCCUCUAUGAACAGCACCACGUGGUCCAGGACAUGCUGGUACCCAUGAAGCAUCUGCAGGCCGCCAUCUCGCGCUUUCACCAGGAAAUCAAUGUCUACCCCCUGUGGCUGUGCCCGUUCCUGUUGCCAGCAGGCAGAGGGAUGGUUCACCCCAAGGGCCAGCAGGAGGAGCUGUACGUGGACGUCGGCGCGUACGGCGAGCCGAAGGUCAAACACUUUGAAGCCAGGGCGUCGACGCGUCAGCUGGAGAAGUUCGUCAGAGACGUCCACGGGUUCCAGAUGCUGUACGCAGACGUGUACAUGGAUCGGGAGGAGUUUUGGGAGAUGUUUGAUGGGCAGCUGUACCACAAACUAAGGACUGAGUUGGGCUGUAAGGAAGCGUUCCCUGAGGUUUAUGACAAGAUCUGUAAAUCUGCCCGUCACUGAGCCAAGGCGGUGUCUGCGUUCCGAUCAGAGACCCUGUGUCCCACUUACACCGCGGUGCCGUGCACCACAGAGACCAGCUGCUAGUGUUUGAAUGUUCCUACCAGAAGAAAAACCCUUAGAGAUGAGGAUACACCUGCCCUCAUUAUUGUUUUUUAUGAUAAACUACCUAAUAUGAGAGACUGCUUAUGAACUUCUUGUGUAACAUGAAGGAAAGGCAUGACUAUUUUUGAUGAAUUUUAUGUCAGGGAUAUGUCAUUAACAUCCUUUUUUUCUGUACAGAGCCUAUUUUCAUUCUCACUGGCCUCCCAGCUCUUAAUAAAUGUCUUUAUUUGUAUCUUAGAAGUUCAUGUUUGGCAAUAUUUUCCCUUUUCAUGUUGAAUUUCUAACCAUCCCUGGUAAUGUUUUGUGAAAAUACUUUUGUAAUUAAUUAAAAGGGGGGGGGGGGGGGGCUAUUAAAUAAAACUCCUGCUGUUUUAAUGUCGGAAUCAAGCUAAUAAAAACCUAUAUUUUAUCAUGAAGUUAAUUCCCAUCCAUUGGUGA